AUGAUAUUAAAGACAUGCGAAAUGCAGGGUAGUUUGACUGGUAGCAUUGAGGUAAAGUUUCAAAUAGACAAUCUUUUGAAAAUUUACAGAUCAAAUGUUAUAAAAAAAGACUGUAAUGAAGGAUUGUGCUUCAAACAGUUUUCUGCUCAGUUGGCAGAGCUGGUUAAAGACUUCUUGUAUACCACUAAUAUAUACCUGAUUGCAAGACUCUUUGAUCUGGUUGCUAAAUCGGAAUAUUACAAGAGUCCAGAGUUCAAUUUGCUGGUAUUUGAUUCAAAAGCACAACAUAUUACUUACCUCAAGUCUCUCGCAGUGAGAUUUCACGUUCUUGCCACAUACACACUUCUGGGCCUUUCUAAAGUAUUUUUUUUUCAUGAAUCAAAAGUCAUUCCCGACUUUAAUCUGGGCGAUUUUGAUCAUUUUGAUCUUUUUAUCCCAAAGUGUUCCUCUCAUUUAUUACAGCUUAUAAGCCAUACAUACAAACAAACCUAA